GCAAGGUGAACAUUGCGCAAAUCCACGCUUACGCGGUCAUGUUCCGAGAGCCCUUCGCAUGGAAGAGCUGCACAGUGCUCACCAAAUGAAGUGGUUAAAAGCUCUGCCGCCAAUGCCGACCAAGGAUACCGAGCGGGCAGCUCCAGAAUCCAGCCGGACGCACAGUAGCAGCCCUCUUGAAGCAUCUUACGAGGUAUUAUUCACUUUUCAAGACUCGUGGAUGUGACUCAAUAUAGCAACUUCAAAAUGGAAGGACCAGGAUAUCUUGCCGUUGCAAUCCAGCCGGGCGCAGACACAGAUGAAGCAGCAUUUCACGAGUGGUACAACACUGAACACGGACCACUGCGAAUUCGGCUACCAUUCAUUCAGACUGGCGAUCGAUACAGAGCACUCGAUGGACAGAAGCCGGAAUGGUCCGCUGUAUACGAUGUGUCUGACUUGUCAAGUCUGAACAAGCGUAUCUACACACGGUUGCGGGAAGAGAGAUCGCGGCGAGAAAAGGCUGUAAUGGGAACGUUUGAAUCUUUGGACCGCAAGAUCUAUAGUUUGAUAUCUGCCCGUGGCGAGAACAAGUCUCCAGCUCCAGCUCCAGCUCCAGCUCCAGUGACUGUUGCUGUUUCCUUCGGGGUACAGGAAGUCGACCUGGAUGCAAUUCAAAAAUUCUACCAGGACGAGCACAUAGGUAUGCUGUCCAAGAUCCCGGGCUGGAUUCGUACAAGAACUUUCAAGAUGUUGGUCGGAGGCAUCAGUGGCAUGCCGCCUUCUGGUCAGGUCGAAUGUCUAGCAGUUCACGACUACGAAGCGGACAACGGACUUGAAGGUCCAGAGCACCAGGCAGCCAGAUCCACCUCCUGGGCGGCGGAAAUCCGGUCGAAGCUUCUCUGGCAAGAUCGAAGGAUAUGGUCACACUAUCACACCUUUGAUCCUUCUUGGGUCGAAGAGCCGAUUUCCACCGUCAUCACAACUGACGGUGCAGAGCUUCGUUACCAACUGGAAGGGAAUCCGGCAGAUCCUGUAAUCGUUUGUGUCAAUUCAAUCAUGACCAAUCUGCAUAUUUGGGACGACGUUGCUCGAGCCUUGAUUCGAGGCGUCAAUGGCAAGAUGUAUCGCGUUCUGAGAUAUAACUCCCGCGGGUACUCUCAACAGGUGGAAAGGAUGAAUCAGACGACUUUCGACAUUCUCGCAGACGACCUCGAAUAUCUACUCGAUAGGCUCAACAUCCAGAAGGCACAUGCUAUCCUUGGCGUCAGCAUGGGUGGUGUUACCUCAAUAAACUUUGCUAUCCGUCAUUCAGAUAUGCUCGAGAAGUUUGUGGCCUGUGACUGUAAUGUCGCCUCGAGUCCAGCAAACAGUCAAGCCUGGUGUGAGCGAGUGGAGCUCGCGAGAUCGAAAGGGAUGGCUGAAUUGGCAGAUGUCACGGUGAAGCGAUGGUUCACGCCAGAGAACCAUGAGUCACCCAACGCCAAGAAAGUAAUGCCUAUGGUGGCUCAAGCAGAUAUCGAAGGCUUUGAACAGAACACGUUUGCGUUGAGCAACUACGACUUGAAGCCUCAUUUAGGCGGUAUCAAAGUGCCAGGUCUCCUGGUUGCUGGUGAAGGUGACGGCAAGAUUCCAGAAGCCAUGCAAAAGUUUGGAAUACCAAACACGGUUUUCAAGUCCAUUCCAAAGGCAGGCCAUCUGCCAUUCCUAGAAAACCACGACGCUUUUAUGGAGGUUCUGGCAGGAUUCCUAUAG